AGCAUAAAAAUUACCCGUUUUCUCUUUAGAUACCGAUGCGCUAAGCAUCUUCUUUCGUAAGCGUUAGGCUUUACACUUACAGGUUUGCUGUAUAGCACGCAAUGUUGCUACUCUGUUGUGAUGGUGAACGAAAACGAUAAAAGCAUGCUCACGAAGAAUAUCAUUAGUGGCAUGUACAGCCAACCGCACCAUCAUCACCACGCCAGAACUAUUGCCGAUCCGCCAACACACGUAGGCCUGCCACCAAUAAAAAGUCAAGCAGUAGGAGGGAUAGGAGACGUCGUCAACGGCUUGCAGGUACAACAGCUGUUUGAAAGCCACCACGAUCCGUCAGUCGCUGCAAGAGGCCGCGGGAACGCAGUUGGCAUUAUGCAAGUCAAGAAAAACGUCUCUGCGCCGACGUCUGGUGCUGCAAAGAGAAGGCCUUCCCUGCCAUCCGUCAGAGAACCCCAGACUAAAGACAGCACGUCGCAAGUUACUGGCCACGCAUACCAAGUAUCACCUGCACGCCGCGCUCUUGCGCCCCAACAGACCAGGAAAGGUUCCGGACCCAACGAUUCCGGUUCCACGCUGACCGGCUCAGCGAAAUCAAAAGGCGACAGGGAUUCAGUGCAGAGCUACAUUUCGCCUGACGAAGCAAUGAAGCAGUUUAUGCAAAAGUUAACUUCAUACGAGCACCAUGAAGUGUUCAGCUACCCGCGUAUUUACUUCACCGGUACCUCAGCAAAGAAACGGCCUGGCGUUGUUGGUGCAAGCAACAACUGUGGAUACGAUGACGACCAAUGCUCUUACAUAGCUGUACCACAUGACCACAUCGCAUAUCGCUACGAAAUCCUGAAAGUUAUUGGCAAAGGAAGUUUUGGGCAGGUCAUGAAAGCGUUUGAUCAUAAACUACACCAACAUGUCGCUUUGAAAAUCGUGAGGAACGAGAAACGUUUCCACCGGCAAGCCGCUGAAGAAAUACGAAUAUUAGAACAUCUUAGGAAACAAGAUAAAGACAAUGCAAUGAACAUAAUUCAUAUGAUGGAGAGUUUUACGUUCCGAAACCACAUCUGUAUGACGUUUGAACUACUUAGUAUCAACCUCUAUGAGCUCAUAAAGAAGAAUAAAUUCCAAGGCUUUUCCCUUCAGCUGGUGAGAAAAUUCGCCCACUCGAUUCUACAAUGUUUGGAAGCCUUAUCGCGCAACCGCAUUAUUCACUGCGACUUAAAACCUGAGAAUAUCCUACUUAAACAGCAAGGCAGAAGCGGGAUUAAGGUCAUAGACUUCGGCUCAUCCUGCUACGAGCACCAGCGUGUCUACACUUAUAUCCAAUCCCGGUUCUAUCGCGCUCCUGAGGUUAUCUUAGGCGGCAGAUACGGCAUGCCGAUCGAUAUGUGGAGUUUCGGGUGCAUUCUGGCCGAACUUCUUACCGGUUAUCCCCUCCUGCCAGGCGAGGAUGAAGCGGACCAACUAGCUUGCUCUAUAGAGCUACUAGGCAUGCCGCCAAGGCGUCUUCUUGACCAAUCAAAACGGGCUAAGAAUUUCAUUAGUUCAAAAGGCCACCCUCGUUAUUGUCAAGUGACAACUUUAUCGGAUGGGAGCACCGUCCUUGGUCCCGGCCGCUCCCGUAGAGGAAAGCUUAGAGGGCCUCCUGGUCAGCGAGAAUGGGUUACAGCGCUCAAAGGCUGCGACGACCCUCUCUUCACCGAUUUCCUGCGUAGAUGUCUAGACUGGGACCCGGCAGCGCGCAUGACGCCUUCCCAAGCCCUACGUCACUCCUGGCUUCGUCGGCGCCUCCCCAAACCGCCUGGUGGCGCUACAGCGCACCGAGGUGACAACUCGACCAUUAAAAACCAUUCAUCGUUUAACCGUCAACCAUCAGGAAACAAAGCCAAGGACAUGUCAGUCACCGUCGCCGCAACCACGCGUACUGUGCUACCCAAGAUCGUAGGAUAGCUUCGUUGAAGCUUUUAUUUUUUUACUUCUUUUAGCUUUCUUUUAUUUUUCAUCGACCUGCUCUCUCUCAUAUGAAAUUUUCAUUAAAUUCCGUUCCCGUCGCCGCCUUUUUCGUCGACUGUAUUUUCGUUCCGUCAUUUUAACCAGCGGAGCGUAACGACUGUGACGUCACACUUUUUCUUUUUUUUCUUUUUACACUUUUACCGCACGCGCGCAAAUUGAACUAAGCGAAACAAAACGGUGCACAUUUCACAAGUACUCUGCUGGUCGCUCGUACGGCGCGACUAUUUUUUUACUCUCAUUAAUGAGAUUCACAUAAAACGACCUCCGCGAAAUCCCCUCAAAUGAAAAGUUUCUUCAUCACCGAAAAUAGAUAAAUAGCCUUCCCUCAGGAACGAAGCUAGUGCACGAACGCUUGUUAAUGACUUAUGUACUAAACAGUCGUCCGCUUUUGCCUAUCUGUUAAGCAUCAAACGUUGUGUUAUCGCGGCACCCUGUGCUCCAUAAACCAAAAAAGCCAUUUACGUGCCACCUCCUGGCCUCUAAGGUCGCGACCAUCGAUCAUGACACCGCAUGCGUUAAAAUUCGCUUGUUUUCCCCACGAACGACGAAAUGUAAAAGCUUACGUUCCAAACCUUUAAUUCGCCUCAUCGCCUACAAGUUGCACGCGUUAAAACAAAUUCUUAUUAAAAGUUAAAAGCGAAAAUUCAAAUUAUUCAACUCUAACAAAAAAAAUGUCGGUUGUUCCGUUUUUAUCUCUUCUGGUUCUGCACUAGCUCAAUGCUCGACAAGGUUUUUAAUGUUUACGUCUGUGAACAUCAGUGUGACCCAUUACUGCAUCGCGAAACAAAACGACAGCGACCCCACUAAUGCAAUUAGUCGCAUGAAUAAUAGAUGGCGUAUCGACUGUCUGCUGUCUUUCCCAUUCAAGUUUCCCACCAUUGCACUGUUCCAUUUUUACUUCUGAUUUUAAACGAUCAUUUUGCAUUCAUAUAGUUACAUCACAUUUUUGCGUUAAAACAAUCAAUAGGCGAAACUCUCUUUCGGAUUUUAAUACUUUUACCCCCCCCUCCAAUUUAAUGGCGACUUCAACGCACCGGGCUAUCAAUUUUCAACGCUCUGACAGUAAUGUAAGUUGAAUCAAAUGCCUUGUUUCGUCUUAAUAUGCCACCAGCUUUUGAUAUUUUGCACUGAAAAUUGGGAUUUUGUGCCUUUUAUUCAGUACGUUUGUCAUUCAAAACACCGUUAACGUCACGGGUGCUGUACAAGUUUUUGGACCAUUUUUACUCAUAUUUUAAACAGUUUUACCCUGUUUUAACCAAGUUUUACUCGGUUUUAACCAGUUUUCACCAAGUUUGGGCCGAUUCUAACUAGUUUCUAGCCGGUUUUAACCAGUUUUACCCGGUUCAACACGUGCAUGCCUGGCCGCUGCCUACCCCGUGCUGUGUGGUAGUGCGUCACUAAAGAAAUCCCCCUUAACACUGUGAAACUUGUUUGUUUUCCACUUUUUACGCCGAGUAGCUUCGAAAUGAAACAUUGAUAACCUGCA